AUGAAUACGCGAAGAACGCGACCCAAUCACAAUGUGUGCCUGCUCACCCUACUUGCCAUUAGUAUAUCAGCGCUGUUGCCACUUGCGCUAGGUAUACAACAGAAUCAACACUUUCCUGCAGAUUAUCUGGUGCCACCUCCCUUGCCCACACCACAACAUCUCAAACAUCAAAGUGCGCCUGCGCACCAAACAGUCGAAGCCAUAGCGGCGCCUAGUCACAGCUCCAGCAGUGUCGCCGAAACGCCCGGCUUUAUGACACGCGUAGCACGUUGGUUUGGCCUUGGAGCAGCAGAUCAAAAUCAACUAGCCAACGGUUUUUCUUCCGACAGUAAACAAACAUACAAUUAUCCGCCGCCGCUGGGACCGGAUGGUAAGCCGUGUAACCUCUGCAACAAAUAUCCCUGGGUGCCUAUGUUCCCACCGGGACUGCAAUAUCAAGCAGCAGCAAAUGGAAAUAAUCACUAUGCGCAAAUAGUGCCACAUCAGCUCGUCGAAGCGCAGGCAUCACAGAAAUAUGCGCAGCAGCAAGCCUCGCCUUUAGACAAAGGCGGCUUACAACUAGCGCUUGUCAGACAACGCGCAGUGAAAUUCAAUUUUCCCACAGCAUAUCAACCGCAGCCCGGAGCUUACAAAACACCAGCGGCGAAUGCACCCGCAGCAGCACCAUUCUUACCAAUACCUAUACCAAACCUAAGCCUGACCGCUUUGCCGCCCAUCUACAAUGCGCAACAAUUUCGGCUGCCAUAUUUGACGCCUGCGAUUUCCACAACAACAACAACUACCACGGAAUCCGUGCUGAACAGUGAGCAACAAUUGCCCUCAACAGAGCCAGCACACUUCGCCGAAAACAUUGGCGCUCACUCGGAGCUGCAACCGGAUCGUGUGAGGCCAGUACAGACACAUUCACCACCAAACCGAGACCCCGAUCCCAGCUUUGAGAUUGUGAAAAGUCAUCAAAUAACAGAUUUCGUCUCGUCAGUUGAGUAUCCUAUAAGCUACGAGCAAUCGCCUUCUAUAGAUUUGGGUCAGCCAACCGAUUUAGUAAAUCAAGCACCAGUCAAGGAGAGUGUAGCCACAGUACAAUACCAGCAUCAGACUUUAAGUCCUAACUUGCACAAACAUUUGCCUGCAUCGCAGCUGCUUACCGAAUUGGGCAGCUUCGCUGGUACGCAGCAGCAGACCCAACAGACUCAGCAGCCACAGCAGACGCAACAAACGCAGUUCUAUCAGAACACACACGCGUAUGGGCAAACACAGACUCAGCCACAAAUUCAACAGCAGCCGCAAGUACAUCAGCAGUCCGAUACUUCCCGACAGCAACAACAACAACAAGAGUUCUCACAAUUUCCGCAAACGUACGAGCCAUCCACAACAUUCUACACAACGCCAUACGCACCUCAAACUCAAUACCCGCAGCACAAUUAUGAACCCCAGAGGGGACCUUAUGAGCCUCAAGGAGAAGAUAACUUUCCAUCCGCAUCCACACAUAAUCUAACUGAAGUGCAAAAUCAACAACAAAACCAGCACUACAACCCUUGGCUGCCGGUGGCACAAACGUUUCCAUAUACCACCACUGAGACGCCGCGAGAAUUCGACUUUUCAACGCAAUUGGCACAACUCGGCGAGGUGGACUUCAUUACUGAACGUGCUCAGGGAACCACACAAGUAAAAUUUUCACCUUCUCUACAAACACAAACACCAAACCGACAUCAAGGGGUGAAGCAGGGCGGUCGCGACACACCAAAGCGUUUUCUAGAUUCACCCAUACAGCAUGUGCAAGGUUUACAAAAUCAACCGCGUCCAUUCACACGCGACCCAAGCGAACUGAGUCUCCGAUCACCAUCCGUAUCCUUUGUAACGCCCGAACGUCAUUCCAAUCACAAGCACAAUCCCGCGGAUACGUUCUCUCACAACGGACCAUGGUUGGUGACGCCACUGCCUCCCAUAACAACAAAUACUGCUAUGGCUGCUGCACCUACACCAACGUCCACCUAUAGUGCCAUUGACGCAAGCGGUCAAUACGCUGGCAUGUCGCCACCUACACCGCCACCACCCGCGCGCCACAAAGACGUACACCAAAUCAUCAUUCCGUACACCACAAAAAAUAAACCACGACCUUUCGAACCGACACGUAUAGUGGCUACUGGCAAUCCGAAUACGCAGUUCAACAGCGCAUUCCAAAAGUGGUCAGCACAGCAGAACAGCAUCGACAUACACGAACAACAAGAAUCAAAAGUGGUGAGUGCACAGUUGGCUACAGAGGCACCAACUCAUGCACCACCACGACGCACCACAAAAUACAUAACGAAAAUACUUGCCUCCAAUUUGCGCGAUCUACUGCGACGCGAGCAUGAAGUCAGACAGCACAAGGUAAACUCUUCCAGCUUCGACCUAUCAAAGUUGCAGAAGAAUAUCGACGACUGGACGGAGCAAGAAUAUACUUCGCUCUCGCAUCGACCCAGCACGCCCACAAUACGUGGCCGUUCCAAACACAUACCUACCGAAUAUCUGACCACAACAACACCAUCACCUCGUCGACCUAAGACCACAAUCAGUUUCUUUGAAGAAUCCUCCGUGGUGCCGGCAUCAAUUAACGAAUUGCAAGCGUUGCUUUUGGAACGCGGUUCAAAGCGUUUCGAGCUAAAUCAAAUAGACGACACAGUUGAUAAUCGUUUGUUGGAUACACUAGAGAGUGAAACGGCGACUGUGAAAUCUGUGACAACGAGCCGCACAACGACACAGCAUCCGCUAAAUAGCAACGGCCACGCUGCACCGAAUUUCAUGCACUUCAGUUCCGAAACCUAUGAGUCUGAGUCAGAGCCAGAACCAGAACCAGAACCAGAACCGGCAGAACUUUGGCGUAAAGCAAAGGUGUCCAUUUCACCAAAAACUCACGAGAAAGUAUAUGUAGUGACGCCGCAGCCGCUAUUCUUUCCGCAACGUACGUUGGCCACGACUAGCACGACCACUGCAGCACCGCCUGGCUUAAGGAAAACUGCGCGUUUCAUAGUGAGGCCAACACCUGGAAAUGGCAACAACUCAUCAACGCCAGCGCCUAGCCUUUACCGUCCUGAGCUCUUCGGUCUCAUGGGUCUCUCGGCGUAUGUACCAGCCAAGCCAGUGGAAAUCAUCGAUGGAAAUUCAAAAGUCCUGAAUAUUAUAACAACGACGCCAGCUAGUGAGCAACAGGAUGCAACAACCAGACCAAUGGCAUUCGUCGAGCAGUUGUCGAUGGUGAAGAAGGGUAGACGAUUGCGUUCUACAAUGUCGCCAUCGCCAAGAUAAAUACAUAUACAUACAUACACGUGCUGAAAAUUACUCACAACUAAUCGGAAUGGAACGAUCUUGUGGACUCAUAUAACUUUUGUAAUAUAAUUUUUCAAUCGAUAUUUUGGUGUAACUAAAUGCGUAUGUCAUAUUUAAGCGCAUUUAACAUUUAGUAACUACUUUUAAGG